AUGGCUACUAUCGUCACCCCCUUCGACAAGAUGUUCUUGACCAGUAUCUGGAUUGAAACCCUGUUAUACGGUCUGAAUUGUGCCGUGUUCGGUACGGCCAUGUAUGUUUUGAUUCGAAAGCAAAGCAGGAACUCGAAUUGGUUCCUCAUCCCCGUCAGCAUCUUCCUCUUCAGCCUUUCCACAGGUUACGUUGCUGUAUCGUUCCGCCAGCUCUUGAAUGCAUUCAUAUUCGCACCUCCGGGCGGUGCAUCCGCGUACUUCAAAAUUCAGACAAACCCGUUGGCGGUAACAAAGCUUGUUUUGUAUUCUACGAACGUCACAGCUCAAAACUUGUUCUUGAUCUGGCGUCUCUGGGGUGUUUGGAACAGAAGAUGGUGGGUCGUUGUUCUACCGCUCGCCAUGGAGAUCGUGCAUACAGUGUCCGAAUUUAUCGCAAUCGGAGAAGGCGCAGUCCCACGUCCGAAUCAACGAGUCAAAGGCGAUUUCAUCCUUAUCAUCCGACAACUCAGUAUAGUUAAUUGGUGUAUGGAUCUCGCAAUCAACAUCUGUGUUACUGCUGCGAUCGCUUUCAGGCUGUGGCAGAUGGCGAGGACGGUUGGACCAAGCAUGCCUGGACAUAGACAAUUCUUGGGUAUCAUGAGAAUGAUAUUGGAAUCCGGUCUGCUUUUCGCCACUGCCACGCUUAUCACGGUUUCUAUCUAUCUUUCUGGUUCCUUGGACACGGUGAACGCCAUCGAUGGGAUUGUUCAACUCGCAACAAUUACCCCCCUUCUUAUCAUAGUACGUGUCGGGCUUGGACUAACUGCGGGACAGCAAUCUCGCGACACCGAGGUUGAUGUACCGUCCAAACUCGAGUUCAUCACUCGUUCCCGCCUUGGAGCAAGCACGAAUGACGAUUCUGAGAUUACGGAUUCAACCCAUGUUCGUACCAGACCUGGUGCAGGAAUGAGCGAUUUCGAUCUUCACAAGGUUGAGGAGAGUUCUGUUUGA